GCUAGUAUUCGGAUCGAAUCGCCACCCCGUCUUUCCCGUUCAAUUUUACAUCUAGUUUCAUUGUAAAGCCAUGGCAUCGAAGGUACCAAGAGUGACGCUCAGCAAUGGCAAGUCGAUUCCCAUCCUCGGCCUGGGAACCUGGGGCUCCCCGCCAGGUGAAGUCGCACAGGCCGUGAAGGAUGCCAUCGACAUUGGCUACCGUCACAUCGAUUGUGCCCACGUGUACCAGAACGAACACGAAGUAGGCGAGGGUGUCAACGCCAAGAUCGCAGAAGGCGUUGUUAAGCGUGAAGAUUUGUUCAUUACGAGCAAACUAUGGAACACGUUCCAUCGUCCGGAUCUGGUCGAAGGAGCAUGCCGAACGACGCUGAAGAACCUCGGACUAGACUACCUUGAUCUGUACCUGAUCCACUGGACAAUGGCCUACAAGGAAGAUGGCGCACUGUUCCCAACCGAUGCCGAUGGAAAGACGGCCUACUCUGAUGUAGACUUCGUUGACACGUGGAAGGCUAUGGAAAAGUUGCCUGAAUUGGGACUGGCCAAGAGCAUCGGUAUUUCCAACUUCAACUCAAAACAAGUUGAACGCGUUUUGGCCAUUGCUAAGGUCAAGCCAGUUAUCAACCAGGUCGAGUGCCAUCCGUACUUGGCUCAAACUAAACUGUCGUCCUUCUGCACUAGCCGAGACAUUGUCAUCACUGCGUACAGCCCACUGGGUUCGCCAAACCGUCCAUGGGCCAAGCCUGAUGAUCCGCAACUGAUGGAGGAUCCCAAGAUCGUCUCCAUUGCCAAGAAGUACAACAAGACACCGGCGCAGAUUUUGAUUCGCUACCAAAUUCAGCGCGGCCACGUGGUUAUUCCCAAGUCCGUAAACAAGUCCCGCAUUCAGUCCAACUUUGAGGUAUUCGAUUUCGAGCUGACCGAGGACGAUAUCAAACUCAUUACGUCGUUUGACUGCAAUGGACGAUUGGUGCCUAUGACUAGUGCUACUGGUCACCCCUAUCACCCAUUCGAAAAGGAAGAGUUCUAAGUUCUUGCGAAUUGUUGCUACGGUAGUCAACAUUACCGCUUAAUACAGGAAGUUUAUUGCGCUUGAAAUCAGCAUUCGAUAUUGUUUCAGAGUUUAAACCUUGUAGAGCGCUUCUUCGAGAAUCUUUGUUCACUGAAUCAACACCCAGUUUGCAUUGUUAUUUGUCACCAUA